AUGUCGAUCAAGGAACUUUCAAUGUUGAGCACCGAGGAAGAUGUGUUUGACACCAUUCUUGCCUGGAUUCAUCACGCAAAAAGAAAGCGACAGAAUUACUUCGCGGAGUUGUUUCGUCACGUUCGACUGCUACACAUAUCGCGUGACUUUCUGUGCAAUGAUGUCGUGACAAAUGAACUGGUCAAAGGCUAUGAAUCUGGAUGUCGUUUAUAAAGCUAUCAGUAUAUUCGACUCUAAGAACUUUGAAAAUCUCACGGAUAAUCUCCAUUACACGCCUAGAAAGGUUUUUGAAACACCUGUUUUAAUCACCAACAGUCAAAAAUAUUUUUUCCUCGUGAAAAUAGCUAGUAUACUUUAGGUGACAAGAGGACUUCAGAGUUGAGAGCUAGCCGAACUUUUUCCUGCAAUGGUAAGUUGUACAGCACAAGAAUAGGGUCAGUUGAAUACCCACAAGAUAUCUGUAGACUGCCUAUGUCAUGCUACGAUCCCUACUCGAACGCUUGGACCUUGUUACCAGUCUCAGAGGGAAACACAUGUCUUUGGAGGAUAUUUGUCAACAAUAAAGAUGAAAUGUUUGCUUUGUUCUUGGAACGAUGUGGUUGGGAUCACUAUCGUGGUUGGCGGAUUUGAAAUGGAAGAAGACACUAAAAACGUCUCUUCGGCCGACAACGUGCCAAGGAAGGAACCGGAGAGAAACAUGUUUCCUUCAUUAUGCGAUAUAAAUCUGAAUUACAUAAGUGGAAAGAAAUCGCAUCUUUCAAUCACUUGGAUGUGAGACAGCAUUUUACCAUUGUGGCCCAUGAAAAUUUCAUUAUUUCAUAAGCGGAAUAGAAUGGCACGGACGCGAGUGCGAGUUUCUGAAUGAUGUAGACAGGUACGACCUUAACACAGACCAGUGGGAAAAACUAACAGGUCUUCAAAUAUCAAGAAAGCGGCUAAUGGUGCUGCAGGAAACGGGAAAGUUAUCAUCGCUGGCGGUGUUAAGAGGGGUGCACAAGUGA